AUGUUGAAAGGUGUAAAGCAACUGUGGCCCUCGUCACAUAAUCACAAUAAUUUACAUACAGGACGUGAAACCCCUUCACCUACAUUAUCGCCAUCCCAAUCAUUCGCGUCACUUGGUGGACCUGCUGACCAAGCAACACCAAAAGCUUCCGCCCAUUCCACUGCCAACCCAUUCGACUCAGCUACGGUGCCAAGUAUCCAUCAGCCUCACAACGCGGGAGUGGGGACACCGGGUGGUGGAUUGAGUCGUUCGACCGCGAGUCUAUCGCUGGACCCGUCAGCCAAGAGACCCAAUUCACCUGCUGUGGGCGGUCAGACUGCUUUACCUGGUUCAGCGCAUUCUGCCGGAGGACCAAGAACACCGACAAACUAUGGAUUCAUGCCUUUACCUUUAGGUACACCCGGUGCAGGUCAACCGACAACGGGCGUGACGGUUGGUGAUAGUGUAGGGAUGAAUACAGGUAUGGGAUUCGGUUUACACGAACCACCAAAGAUGAGAAAAGCAAUGAGCAAACUCAACGAUGGUUCUUCCACCGCCUCAACCAGUCCGACUUCUUCGACCAAUGUACCUGACUCCAUACCCGCUCCACCCGAAACUGAUCAACCUAUGAAUGCUGCCGCUGGAUCUUCCGCAGCCAGCAGUGGUGGGACGUCGACCCCCCAACAUCGAGAAGGCGGUGGACCGAGAGGUACACUCACUGUCAAAGUGAUUUCCGCUAGGGGCUUAGCAGUAACCAAUCAACCCGAUGGAUCACCACCUCAACCAUACGUUGUUAUUCAAUUUGAACAAAACGAAUACGUUUCUUGUCCACCUCAUCAAACUACUUCUCACACCGCUGUACCCUUCACUCAAUCUACACCUCAACCUCUGGGCGCUCCUGGAAAUCUCACGAGAAGUACCAGUGGUCUAGGUGUCGGAGCGAUCUCAAGGGCGUUUGCAGAUGCGGUCGGAAGAAGUAAAACCAGGAGAGAUGGAGAUGGAAGUGGAGCGAUGACUCCCAGAGCAGAAGAACCGAGCGGGGGUGGAAGUUGGUUAGGUAAACCCGGUCCGGGUGAUCCCAUAUGGAAAGAGGAAGUUACCUUCGAUUUGACAUCCAACCGAUCCGCUCUUCAUGUGUCCGUGUAUGAUAAAGGUAGAGCAGGAGAAGGCUUUUUGGGAAUGCUAGAUAUCAAACCUGUAUUGCAAGAUGGUUAUACCCUUGACAAUUGGUAUAAAUUGGCUACUCGUGGAGAAGAGCAUGUCACUGGUGAAAUUUGGAUUCAAAUGACUUACAAGGUUGUCAGGAAAUCAUUAUCAUUGAAACCAUCUGAUUUCGAAUUCCUCAAAUUGAUCGGCCGAGGUACUUUCGGAAGGGUAUUCCAAGUUCGCAAGAAGGACACUAGACGAAUAUACGCCAUGAAGGUAUUAUCCAAGAAGGAGAUUGUUGCGAAGAAAGAAGUAGCUCACACGAUCGGCGAAAGAAAAAUCUUACAAAGAAGUUUGGAAUGUCCUUUCCUCGUUGGUCUCAAGUUCUCUUUCCAGACUGAUCGAGAUCUUUAUUUCGUCACGGACUAUAAAUGUGGUGGAGAGCUUUUCUGGCAUUUGCAAAAGGAAGGAAGAUUCAGUGAAGAUAGGGCGAGGUUCUACAUCGCUGAAUUGAUCUUGGCUUUGGAGCACUUACAUAAAUACGAUAUUGUUUACCGUGAUCUAAAACCGGAAAACAUCCUACUCGAUGCUACAGGUCAUGUGGCCUUAUGUGACUUUGGUUUAUCCAAGCCUGAUUUAUCGGAUGAUAAACUCACAAAUACCUUCUGUGGUACUACCGAGUACCUCGCUCCCGAAGUAUUGCUUGACGAGAAAGGAUACGGUAAACACGUCGACUUCUGGUCGCUUGGUGUAUUGCUCUUCGAGAUGUGUUGCGGCUGGAGUCCUUUCUAUGCGGAGCAGACCCAAGAGAUGUACCGGUUAAUCUGCUACGGAAAGAUCCGGUUCCCCAAGCAUGUCAUCGACGAUGAUGGUAAACAAUUCGUAAAAGGGCUACUCAAUCGAAACCCCCAGAACCGGCUUGGAGCCAGACGAGGUACUGAGGAAUUGAAAGAACAUCCAUUCUUCAAAUCAAUCGACUGGAAUUUGUUGUAUAAGAAACAGAUCACUCCUCCCUUCAAACCUAUCGUCGACUCCGACGAAUCUGUCGCCAACUUUGAUCCCGAAUUCACCAACUCGUCAUUGAUCGAAGCUGGUAUCAUACCUUGGGAGGAGAACGAGAACAUCUCACAAUCACAACCUGGUAAACAUUCGUACCUCGGUCCGGGGGGUUCGUUAUCUUCUGCAAGUCAUAUGAACAAUGCUGCGCCGUCCGGAGUGGCAAUUAACAAACCUCAACGACCACCUUUGCCUGGAGGUAGUGGUAGUCCACUAACGAGUAGUGUACAAGAGAACUUUAGAGGUUUCACAUAUACCGGUGAAUCGCUGAUGCCCCACUCGAUGUUAGCUGAUCAAUCGAUGGACGCGGAGAGUGAUUCAGAGAAUGCAGUGGACGAUGAAGAUGAUGAUGAAGAGGAUGAUGAUGAUGAGUACGAUGAUGAAGAUGAAGAAGUGGAUGGGGAUGGUGUGAGAACGAGAAGACAGAGCGAUGUGGAUAUGGAUUAG